AUGCCGCCGUCAGAACAGCCCAGCCAGAGCUCCACGCCGAGGUCGUUCACGAGCCAAACGGCCUCCGCGGAGGACCUCCUUAAAUCGCAAACCGUCGGUCUCGUCCACCUCUCCGACUUUCGCAAAAGGCGCGCAGAGGUGCUUGAGCAGAAAGAGCGCGAGGCCCAUGACAAGUCCCUAGGGAGAUUCACAUCGGGUAACUCCAGAAGCGCCACUCCUUCCACUGGCGAUGUGACUGACAGUAAUUCGCCGCGGAGCGAGGGACCCCCCAAGAAGAAAAAGAAGAAGCCACUCGCCAAGAGUAAACUCUCCUUCGGCGAUGAUGAGGAGGAGGAAAACACCGGAGAGGACACGGCAGCUACGCCGCGCGAGUUGAGCGUCCCGCGAUCAGCGUCGAAAACGCCCGUCGACGAUGGCACCGGCCCGCCAUCGCGACGGAUCACGCCCAACCCGAACGCACCACCACCUCCUAAAGCCCUGACCAAAGCCGCGAUCAAGGCCGAAGCGGAAGCGCGCGACGCGCUACGUAAAGAGUUUUUAGCCAUGCAGGACGCCGUGAAGAACACGGAGAUCCUGAUCCCGUUCAUCUUCUACGACGGAACGAAUAUCCCGGCGGGGACCGUCAAGGUCAAAAAGGGCGACCCGGUCUGGUUGUUUCUGGACCGGUGUCGCAAAGUCGGCGCGGAAUUGGGCGUGGGGGGUAAUAGCGGAGCGACGAAGGGGCGGAAGGAUAAUCGGCGCGAAUGGGCGCGAGUCAGCGUCGAUGACCUGAUGCUGGUGAAAGGCGACAUUAUCGUUCCUCAUCACUACGAGCUGUAUUACUUUAUCGCCAACCGCGUGCCCAACUUUUCGCGGGCCGGGGGCCUCCUUUUCGACUACUCUAAUAAACCACCUCCACAGCCAUCAACGGACGAUCCCCUCUCCCGGCCAAAUAAUGAACAACUCGAAGGUGGCGACAAGGAUCCCACGUCAACCAAAGUGGUAGACCGGCGGUGGUAUGAGCGGAACAAGCAUAUCUUUCCUGCCAGUCUGUGGCGCGAGUACGAGCCGGGGCCUGAGUUUGAGGAAAAGAUGCGCUCGAAUCGACGAGAUGCGUCGGGCAAUUCUUUUUUCUUUUGA